CGAAUAGACGUUCCUAAAACACCUAUCGGUAGUUCAAUUGCAAAAGACCCCGAUCUAGAACGAUCUUUUCCAGAGCAAGUUGUGAAUCCAUGGGCUGUCUCCGGCGGUAAAAUCGAUUACGAUAAGUUAAUCGACAAGUUUGGCUGCCAGAGGAUUGAAGAGUCGCUCAUUAAUCGUGUUCAAAGACUUACUUCUCGUCAGCCGCACGUAUUCCUCCGCCGGGGUGUCUUCUUCGCCCACAGAGAUUUCAAUUUGAUUUUGGACUCUUACGAGAGGGGAGAGAAGUUCUAUCUCUACACUGGAAGAGGACCUUCGUCAGAAUCUUUGCAUUUGGGUCAUUUGAUUCCUUUCUUGUUUACCAAAUACUUGCAGGAAGCUUUCAAUGUUCCACUCGUUAUACAGAUUACGGAUGAUGAAAAAUGCAUAUUUAAGAACUUAAACCCAGAGGAUAGUAAAAGAUUUGGCAGAGAGAACGUGAAAGAUAUCAUUGCUUGCGGUUUCGAUGUCACAAAGACUUUUAUUUUCUCCAACUUUGACUAUGUUAGCAGGUGUAGUAAAUUCUAUGAAAAUAUCGUGGUGACUGGAAAAUGCGUGACACGUAACAAGAUUGAUGGGACUUUCGGCUUUACCGGAGAAGAUCCAGUUGCGAAAUACAGCUUCCCUGCGGUGCAGGCAGUUCCGUCUUUUUCAAGCUCAUUCCCACACUUGUUCGAGGAAGACAUCCCUUGCUUGAUUCCCUGUGCAAUUGACCAGGAUCCGUAUUUUCGGAUGACUCGUGAUGUUGCACCUCGGUUAGGCUAUAGAAAGCCUGCUCUAAUUGAGUCAUCAUUUUUUCCUGCGCUGCGGGGAAAGAAUGGGAAAAUGUCAGCAAGUGAUGCAAAUUCCGCUAUUUAUAUGAAUGAUAGCGCUAAGGACAUUAAAAAAAAGAUAAACGGUGCUGUUAGUGGUGGGCGAGAUAACAUGGACGAUCACAAAAAAUAUGGAGCAAACCUGGAGGAAGACAUACCGUUCAAGUAUUUGAGUUUCUUCCUGGAAGAUGAUGCCGAACUUGAACACAUAAGGAAGGAGUAUGGAGAAGGACGAAUGCUAACCGGAGCAGUAAAGAUGCGACUCACUCGAGUUUUGACAGAAAUUGUGGAGAAUCACCGCAGGGCUCGAGCUGCUGUUACUGAACAGAUGGUUGAUGCGUUCAUGGCUGCGAGACCUCUCCCAAGCAUGUUUGAGUAAGUGUACUCAAAACCACUGUAGAAGUCUCCUGCCAUGCCUUUGUCCUGAGCACAGUUGCCCAUCCUGUGACACCAAGUGUUCUUCUUGGGAUCCUGUUUGUAUACUUGUCAGAAUACAUCAAACACUUUUCUUUCCCUUAAGAGACGCCGAGGGGGGUCACGUUUUACCUUGACCCUUUUUUUUUUCUUUUAAAUGACUUUCCCCAUUUUAAAUUUUUGUGUAAGCUUAACAGGUUUAUUUCAUGUAUGACUGAUAUUUUAUUUAUGG